AGCCAGCGCUCCAGUUUCCACCGUCUCAUAUCGAUGCUGCCGCCGCCACUGGGUCACUGCCAUGCCGCCUGUUAAUAAAAACCGACUCACAGCAGCCAGAAUGAAAUGAAGAAAUAAUAAUAAUAAUAAAAAACACUUCAGCGUUUCUGCUUUUCUUGACUCUGCAGAGAUGAUCCAUCGCGCAAGCAAUGUGACACAACAAAGCUUCGGGAUUUGGUAAAAAGCAAAGCGUUUUUCCCCACUGAGGACCUCUCAUCAGGUGCUAUUGUCUGGUUCACCUCUCACCCAGCUGAUCCGCUGUCAUCCCGGCCUUCUGGGCGCUUUCAUCCGCACAGGCGUCUGCGGCUUGUUGGUAAACACGAACCCGGCGGCAAGGACUCCCUCUGGUGCAUUGAUGCACCCGUUUCAGUGGUGUAACGGGUGCUUCUGUGGUCUGGGAGUGGUUUACUCAAACAAGUCGUGCACCAUGCCGCCCAUCACCUUCCAGGACCUGCCCCUCAACAUCUACAUGGUCAUCUUCGGGACAGGCAUCUUCGUCUUCAUCUUGAGCCUCAUCUUCUGCUGCUAUUUCAUCAGCAAGCUGCGUCACCAAGCACAGAGUGAACGCUUUGGAUACAGAGAGGUGGUGCUAAAAGGAGAUCCAAAAAAAUUAAAUCUUCAUGGGACGUGCGCCGUGUGUCUGGAGGACUUUAAAGUGAAAGACGAGCUGGGGGUGUUACCAUGCCAACAUGCUUUCCACAGGAAGUGUCUUGUAAAAUGGCUGGAGGUGCGCUGCGUGUGCCCCAUGUGCAACAAACCCAUAGCGGGCCCCCCCGAGCAGCAUCACAGCAUUGGGACUCUGCUUGAUGAACUGGUAUAGCCUUCGAAGCCCUGCCAGCCUGGGUGGGAGGCCGGUGCUCAGCCACAUCAUGACCAGCGAGAGCAGGGACAUGCCGCUGACACACGGCGAAGCACCAACACAGGGUAACCUAGAUACCACCUGGAGAAAAAACCCCUGAAGGUUGCUGUGAGAUUUUCCUCAGCCGCCCACACACCACUCCGCCACUCUUCCUUCAGCAUCCCUCCCUCCCUGCACCCGUUCCUCCACAUCCUCGGCUGCUGCCUGCAACGAGGCCAACGGCGUCACUGAGGCGGAGGAGGCAGCUGUUCCAUCGCCACGUGGACGAAAAUGAGCAUCGACGGGAAGAAACGCACUUCGUCGAGGAGUCGGCGCUCCAGCCCUGCAUGUCACAGUGGGCACAGGCAUGAAAUUAUAUCCGUACCCGCCGAAUCCCGUGUGGAAAAACAACAACACCAGCAGGCAACGCCUUUCAGAUGAGGAGAUCUGAGGGGGAAUAAAAGCCACAUGCAGACAAAAGUCUGUGUUUGUAAAUUGUAAAACAAAAAAAACAUAAAAAGGACAGGUAGAAUAAGAUCGAUGAGCUUUUCUAAAGGCUAAAUGUAAUCCCCUGUUGUUAAAAGGUAUUUAAAGAUUAUGUCAAUGUAAUUUGUGGGUCUAUAUAAUUAAUUUCCCCUUUUCCAUUGGGAAAAAGUCUUAAGCACACUGUCAAAAAACGUCUCCAAUUGCCAAAAUUUUACUGUUAUUUGUAUAAAUACAGCUGCCAGUAUUUUAAAUUACUUUUUUUUUUUUUUACAGUGCAAGAAAAUACAACUAAUUUCAAGAGGUCCAGUCUUUAUCCCGACACCCAGUUAUGGAUACUGUAAAUUAUUCAGAUGUUCACGACACAUUUAUUACUGCCCAGAUAUGUGUUUGUGUUGAGAUGAAUGGAAGAAAUCACAAAGUUUCUCACUGUUAUAAAUAAUAAUUAAAGCUUUUUAGAGGACUAAGUACGGAUUACAUGAACAAACUUUAAAAAGAUAGAUUAAAAGUCACUCUUUUAUUUUGUUUGUGAGAUAAAUUGCCUUCACCUCCAUUUACUCGGAAGCAAAUCUGCCUCAGCUCCCUUCUUGUGAAACUGAAUUCAUGUUUUUAUUCUGUAUUAGUUUAAAUAACCUUUUGGUUGUAAAGAAUAAAUUUCACAUCUUAAGAAAAUUGAAGUUCUAAUUUCAAGAAUAAAGUUGAGUUGAAUGUUUUUAUAUUACGCUGAAAUACUAUUUCAAGGUAAAAGUGAGACUUACUGAAAUUAAUUUUUUUCUCUCGAAUUGUAUGAUUUUAUUUUAAAAAUACAGUUGAUCUUGAAAUGUUCUUUUCUUGUUUCUUUAAACUGUGAAAUAAGCAGUUUGUUUUUCUGCACAUAACCCAAAUUCACCAUUUUAAGUUCAUUAAAGCAAUGUUGAUCAUUUUUACAGAUUGCACUAAUUGCAGAAAACGUUCUAAUUGUAUAAAUUGAAGAAGUUGAGGAAGGAAAACAGAAAUCCAGCCUUACUGUGUUUUCAUUUGUCAGGAUUCUCCUUUGCAUUCCUCCCUAGUUGUCUUUUAUAUCUUAAAAGCGUAAUACUGCCUGAAUUGAGCUCAAAACUCACAAAGCACAUUGUUGGGUCACAACAGACACCUGCACUGUGAUUAAAAUGCUGAGUGAAGUAAAAAAAAAAGAUAAUAAAACGAUGGGGGUAAAAGGUGAUUCUGUUGCAUUUUUGUCAAAAAAAAAAAAAAAAAAAGUAAUACAAAUGUUCACUCUGACUCCAGUCACAUUCUACCUUUUAUAAAACAACAGAUGUAAAUACUUGACAAAAGUCAAAAAAUAAAGUUGUUUGCUCAGC